AUGACUGGGAAGGAAUACUCAAUCAGAGAGGUAUAUAACAAGAUGAGGGGUGAAUUCACAAAGGUCACAUGGAGGAGAUUAAUAUGCAACAACUGUAAUAGUCCAAGGUGGCUAUUCAUUAUGUACAUAGUUGUCCAAAACAGGCUAUAUACAAAGGACAGAUUGAUGAAAUGGGGUAAUAUUACGAGUGCAGAAUGUGUGUUAUGUGAAGCAGCUGAUGAAAGCCAUGAUCAUCUGUUCUUUACGUGCAACUACUCAAGCAAUGUGUGUGAGAAAGUAAUGUAUUGGGCUGGAAUAGGAAGGAAAGCCAAGAUAUGGUCGGAAGAAAUAAGCUGGGCCAGUGCAUAUGCAACAGGGAGAAGAUCAGAUGUAGCUAUAUAUAGAAUGAUUCUAGCUGGAGCUGUAUACUACUUAUGGCAGGAGAGGAAUUGGAGAAUUUUCAGGAAGAAGAAAAGAAAAGCUGAAGAAUUGGUGAGAAUGAUAGUCCAAUACAUACAUUGCAGAGGCUCAAAGUGGGUAAACUUGGAGAAGAAGCUACAAACACUGAAUUUCUAUCCUUAG